UUAUUGAAGCGUAGCUCCUUUAAAUGUGGGGGAAAUGUUGACGGUCGGAGCUGAUGAAGUUGGGAAAAUGAAGGAUUUAAUUCACAUGUGAAUCGGCUACAAAUACAGACACGCUUAAGAUGUCAGGGGCUCAUGAGCAAACCAGGAAGCGGCGCCCCCCCAAAAUGUUCUUGAUGUCGACCGACCUGAAGGUCCAGGACCAGCUGGACGGAACCAUUCGGCUGCAGCGGGGGUACAUCUGCCAGGAGCAAGACUCGGGCAAGAGCAGAGGUGACUCCCUUUGGGUCAAGGUGUUGGACAAUGGCGUCAUGUUAAAAAUAGAGAGGAAGUUCCUGCUUGAAGUUCCCAAUGACCUCAGCGGCCUGUUGGAGGCUGUGUCCGAUCCAGAGACCCGCCUAAAACUUCUAAGCAAUCCUGAGAAGCUGCACCGUCUGCUUACUUUGCCUGUCGAUUCUCCGCUGUGGGUCCAAAUGGGCCAACAGGACGAGCUGGCGGAGGCGGAUCUUAAAUACACCGGGACACUCAGCAGAGGGAGCAGCGCUGUGUUUUUUGGGGUGCAGCUCAAGGGUUCAGCAGCAGGUAAAGGAACGAGCAACGGCUCCUACAAAGGCCUGCGACUCUUCACCUGCCCCGAAGCCUGCGCCCUCUUCCUCCCCGUCAGCCACAUCCGCCACCGCCACUGGUCUCGCAACAGCGGCCCAGACGCACACGAGCGAGCCCGCGAGCGAGACCAACACCACCGCAGCAGUGGCGGCAACAAUAAUCACCCUAGCAACGGGCACCACAACAACAACAACGAGCGCCCGAACCCUCAUCAUCAGGCGCCGCACGGCCGCCACAUCAGCUUCCACCAGCACCGUCCCAGCAGCCCUCCCCAGCUGCACGCCGUGGGCAUCCUGCCUCGAACGGCCGAGUCGGCGCCGCUCACGGCUCAGAACCAGGUCCAGCUGCGAGGGCCCGCGUCGCCGCCGCUGUUCCAGACGGGUCAGCGGGUGUGUUUCCCCCUGGAGGAUAGCGUCCACAGGGGGGAGGUGCGCUACUGCGGCCUCCUGCCCGGCCGCUCCUCCUCAGGGACGUACGUUGGAGUUCUUCUGGACGCUCCUGUUGGUAACUGGAACGGGUUUUAUAAGGGAGAGAGGCUCUGCCACAUUCCCUCCCCUACCUACGGACUCCUCCUGCCAGUCACCAAGGUUUCCUCAGAGCCGAAAUCCCACCGUCACAACCCGCCUCACCAAAUUACCAAGUCCAUCCUGAAGCCGGCGCCGCCGCCCGUCACCAAACCGGCCCCCGCGUCACCGUCCGCCUCUUCUCCCAAGGUGGCCCUGAUGCCGCCCGGCAAACAAGCACUCAAAGCUCCGCCGCUGCCGCCGCCCAAACCAGCCCACAAGCCCCUGCCUCCUCCCCCUCUCCCGCCUCCAAAACCCUGCAGCCCAACAUCCCCGACCGCCACCGACCAGCUGCAGCACAGCAACGGCGUGCACGGGCCUCCUUCGCCGCUGAGGUCUCCUGACAGUGGUGAGGCCGAAGAGGACGAGGAGGAGGUGGGACUGGAGGGCGAGCUGGAGCUGGAGGUGGGGUCGAUGGUGGAAGUGAACGAGCCGCCGCUUUUUGGGGUUAUUCGCUGGAUCGGACGGAUCAGUGGGAUUUCAGAGCCAGUGGCAGGACUCGAGCUGGACCAGGAGCUGUCUGCAGGAACAGAUGGCAGUUACCUCGGGGAGCGCCACUUCCGCUGCCCGCCCAACAAAGGCCUUUUUGUCAAGCUUCGCAACUGUAGACGAGACUCCAGGUUUCCCGCCCCCGAGACGCCUGUCAAUCAAGUGGAGCGAUGCAACUCUAUAGCCUUUGCAGAGUGGGGCAGUGAGCGUGUGGAGGAGCACACUCCUCCUCUGGACGGGGACGAGGCCGCCGAGCUCUACGAGGGCUGGAAGAGAGGCAUCCAGGGUCACCUCAACUCCUGCUACCUGGACGCUACGCUCUUCAGUCUCUUCUCCUGCUGCAGUUCAGCAGACUGGGUGUUAUUUUGGCCCUCUGACACUGAAAACGAACAAGACUCUGGUCAGGCUCAGGACCUGCUGCGCUGUGAGAUAGUCAACCCCCUGAGGAGGUACGGCUACGUGUGUGCCAGUAAGACCAUGGCCUUGAGACGACUGCUGGAGGCUGCAAACAUCGACAUGGGCUUCACCAACCAGGAGAAAGAUCCUGAAGAGUUCCUCAACAAGCUUUUCCAGCUCCUACGAGUCGAGCCGCUCCUCAAGAUCAGGUCGAUGACUCAGCAGCCUCAGGAGUGUCACCUCUACCAGCUCUUCCCUCCGACCCUCCCUCCCUCCCCCUCCUCGCCCUCGCCCCUCUCCCCGGUCGACUCCCCCAUCCCUCUCACCUCGCCCUCGCCCAGCAGGAUGAGGGUCGCCAGCGUGCAGACGCUGCUGGAGUCCUCCUUCCUCCACGCCGGCCUCAAGUUUGUCGAGGCUCCUUCUUGCCUCCUGCUGCUCAUGCCUCGCUUUGGGAAGGACUUCAAGAUGUUUGACGCCAUCUUGCCCACACUCAGCCUGGACAUCACAGACCUGCUGGACGACACUCUGAGACAGUGCAGCAUCUGUCAGUCUGUAGCCGAGUGGGAGUGUCUCCAGUGUUAUGAAGACCCAGACAUCACUCCCGGUCAUCUCAAACAGUACUGCCAGACCUGCAACACACAGGUCCACAGUCACAGGAAGCGAUUGUCCCACAGUCCGGUGAAGGUUGCCGUCCCCGAAGGACCGUGGACCGGCCCUCUGCACUGCAACCGCCAGCGAAUGUCUCUCUUUGCUGUGACGUGCAUCGAAACCAGCCAUUACGUGAGCUUUGUGAAGCACGGGCCGCUCCCCGCCGACUGGCUGUUCUUUGACAGCAUGGCCGACAGAGAAGGUGGCGAGAACGGCUUCAACAUCCCCCAUGUGAAGGCGUGUCCGGAGGUGGGCCGCUACCUCAGCCUAUCAGAGGAGGAGCUGAGCAGAGUUGACUCCACCUCCUUACGGGAGUCCGUUCGCCGCCUGCUCUGUGACUCCUACAUGUGUCUGUACCACAGCCCCGAACUUAGCCUGUACAAGUGACACAACACACACACACACUGCACAGCUGAACUUGACAAACUGAACUUAUGAAACUUUUGAGUCAUAAUCAUAAAGCUCUUGUUACUUUAUCCAGUAGAAUAUAUGAAAUAUUCAUGAACACAAAAUAUUUUUUUAGCUUCUUAGGCCCUGUUCACACUUUGCAAUAAGCCUUGGUGAUUCUAGCGUCAGUUUCAGAAAAAUAAAAAAAUUAAUUAUUUUUUUUGUAAACAUCAUAUAAAAAAAAAAUAAGACAUAGUUUAGAAAAAUGCUUAAAAAAUAAAUCAUUAAUAUAAAUGAAAAUGUAAUAUUUAAAUAUGAAUAAUUUUAUUGACAGAUAAAUUCAUUUUUUUAAAUGUUAUUUAUGUUAAUAAUAGUUAUUAAAAUAAUAAAAUUCAUAAUACUACUCUGAGCAAUUUUUACAGUUUACAGAAUCUUUAAUUAUUCUGUCACUUAUAUUCUGUUAUAUCUUAUAUAUAAGAUCAUGUGAGAAAGGAUAUCAUUUGUGUCAUUUAUGGCUUUUUGAAUAGAAAAAAGCCAUAAUUGUAAAAUAGGAAACAAAUAAUUUUCCACUGUGCCGCAGACAGAUUAUUUUUUCUCAUAGAUGGUUGUCAGAGUCUUAUAGGAAUGAUUUAUCAGCUAAUUUGAUGCUUCGCUCUGUCUGUUUACAUUCAAAAUGCAUUUGAGAGAUUUUUUUCUGAACCCAGGUUUACUGAAAUAUGACCAACUGUAGGUGAAACUAUCUGUCUUAAAAAGGAAAGAGAGAACAGGGCCCAUGUGUAAUCUAAAACAUGACAAUCAGAUCAAUAUAUGUGGGAACAGCAGUGUGAUCCAAUGUGCCUGGUGAACAAACAGCCUGUAGUUUAUUUAAAAGCUUUGUAAGCUCAUUAACUUAAAGGUAAAUAAUGGUCUAUACACCUGAGUUUACCUGUGCCUUAUUAAUAGUGCUCACACUGUAAAGAACCACUGUGCCUGUAACAUAUAACACACUUCACAAUUUGCACUCCUUCUUUUUCAUGUCAGUAUGUGUGUGUAUAUAAUCACAUUGCCUUAAACUGACUGCACACAAAUGUUUAAACUUUUGUUCUGCUUACGGGUUGUUUAUAUAUUAUAAACAAUGAGGACAAUGUUCUGACAAAUAAAUGCUUUGUUACUCUUCUA